AGUAACAAAGAAGAAAUAUAUCAAAAUAUCUAAUGUAAAAUUAUCUAUACUUACAAAAAUACAAUUACAAAUACUACAAGGCAUUUUGUUUGGUUUGUUUAAAGUACACAUGUAAUGGCUGAAAUACAUGGCACAUACUCCAUUUAACAGGUUGAUUUUUUGCCACGUUUGCCAAUUCAGCUUUUAUUUUGAAAGUUAAAACCAGAAAUGACACUUUCUAUUCUUGCAUGCUUGACAGCAGGAGCAUAGCGCACGGUCCUCCUCCUCACUUGCAGCCUACAAUUCAAGUGUGCACCGGGAAAAAAACAUGAUAAAAAGGGAUGUCUGGACAGUGAAUAUGGGGAGCAAAACCUUACUGGCAUGUAAGGGAUUUUAGAAUGGGAAAACUGGAGUUCUUUUGAUCAGUGACAACUGCAAGUGGAGUGUGUGUGCUUUUGUUGUUGUUUUUUUUUUUUUUUCUCAUCACAAUGUUUGAGGGAUGGAUGUGGGUCGGAUGCCAGUUUAUUUUCGUUAUGGAUACAAGGAGUGGCAAGUUAUCAGUAUGAAAUACAGAGGGCAGGAAAACUGAUAUCAAUGGUAAUUUCGACUCUGGAGGGAGGACCAUGGCGAAAAGGAAGGGACUGUUAUUUUCACUGCUGUACUUUAUGGCAGAGUUUUGGUGCACUUCGCAGCAAGUCCUGAGAAUUGGGGGCAUCUUCGAGACACUUGAAAAUGAGCCCAUUAGUGUUGAAGAACUGGCCUUUAAAUUUGCUGUAACCAACAUAAACAGGAACCGGACCUUAAUGCCAAACACCACAUUGACCUACGACAUCCAGAGAAUAAACCUGUUUGACAGUUUCGAGGCCUCAAGAAGAGCCUGCGACCAGUUGGCACUGGGUGUUGGGGCCGUAUUUGGCCCCUCUCACAGCUCAUCUGUCAGCGCGGUCCAGUCUAUUUGUAAUGCCCUGGAAGUCCCUCACAUCCAGACACGCUGGAAACAUCCUUCAGUGGACAACAAAGAUAGCUUCUACAUUAACCUCUACCCUGAAUACGCCUCCAUAAGCAGAGCUGUGUUGGACAUAGUGCAGUUCUACAAGUGGAAGACGGUAACUGUGGUCUACGAGGAUGCAACUGGACUGAUUCGUUUGCAAGAGUUAAUCAAAGCUCCAUCCAGAUACAGCAUUAAAAUCAAGAUCCGUCAGCUGCCAACAGGUAGUAAAGAUGCCCGUCCUCUGCUGAAAGAGAUGAAGAAGGGGAAGGAGUUCUAUGUCAUCUUUGACUGCUCUUACCAGACAUCAGCUGAUGUUCUCAAGCAGAUCUUGUCCAUGGGGAUGAUGACUGAAUAUUACCACUUCUUCUUCACCACACUGGACCUGUUUUCCCUUGACCUGGAGCCAUACCGCUACAGUGGGGUCAACAUGACAGGGUUCAGACUGCUCAACAUAGAUAGCCCUCAAGUGGCCUCAGUGGUGGAGAGGUGGGCCAUGGAGCGACUACAGGCUCCCUCCAAAGCUGAGACUGGAAUGAUGGAGGGGAUGAUGACGACCGAAGCAGCUCUGAUGUACGACGCCGUCUACAUGGUGGCUGCUGCCUCGCAACGCGCCUCCCAGAUCACUGUCAGCUCCCUUCAGUGCCACAGACACAAACCCUGGCGCUUUGGAUCACGCUUCAUGAACAUGCUCAAAGACGCACAAUGGAACGGCUUGACGGGACAAAUAAUUAUAAACAAGACAGACGGCCUGCGGAAAGAAUUUGAUUUAGAUGUCAUCAGCCUCAAGGAGGAUGGCUUGGAGAAGACAAUCGCAGGCAACAACCGCCUGAAUAAAGUGUGGAAAAAGAUUGGCGUGUGGAACUCCCAAACAGGCCUUAAUUUAACAGAAAACAACAAGGAUUCAUCCACAAAUGUGACCGACUCAAUGGCCAACAGAACCCUUAUUGUCACUACUAUUCUGGAAAAUCCUUACGUCAUGUAUAAGAAAUCUGAUAAGCCGCUGUAUGGAAAUGACCGUUUUGAGGGCUACUGCCUCGACCUGCUCAAAGAGCUCUCCAACAUUUUGGGCUUCUCCUAUGAGGUAAAGCUGGUGUCAGAUGGCAAAUAUGGAGCUCAGAAUGACAAGGGGGAGUGGAAUGGCAUGGUGCGAGAACUCAUUGAUCACGUGGCUGACCUUGCCGUGGCCCCUCUCACUAUUACAUACGUGAGGGAAAAGGUGAUAGAUUUCUCCAAGCCCUUCAUGACACUGGGGAUCAGCAUCCUUUACCACAAACCCAAUGGCACCAAUCCGGGAGUGUUCUCGUUCCUCAACCCGCUCUCUCCUGAUAUCUGGAUGUAUGUGUUGCUGGCAUGUCUCGGUGUCAGCUGUGUGCUGUUUGUCAUUGCCAGGUUCACUCCGUAUGAGUGGUACAACCCUCAUCCCUGCAACCCAGACUCUGAUGUGGUUGAAAACAACUUCACUCUAAUAAACAGUGUCUGGUUUGGAGUUGGAGCACUUAUGCAGCAAGGAUCUGAACUGAUGCCUAAGGCCCUCUCUACCAGGAUAGUUGGUGGAAUAUGGUGGUUCUUUACGCUGAUAAUAAUCUCCUCAUACACUGCCAACUUGGCUGCCUUCCUCACUGUGGAGAGGAUGGACUCACCAAUCGACUCCGCAGAUGACUUAGCCAAGCAAACAAAAAUCGAGUACGGUGCUGUGAGAGACGGCUCCACUAUGACCUUUUUUAAGAAAUCUAAGAUCUCAACCUAUGAGAAAAUGUGGGCCUUCAUGAGCAGCAGGAAAAACACAGCCUUGGUGAAAAACAACCGGGAGGGGAUUCAGAGGGUCCUCACCACAGACUAUGCUCUUCUGAUGGAGUCGACCAGCAUCGAGUACAUCAGCCAGCGCAACUGCAACCUCACACAGAUUGGAGGCUUGAUAGAUUCAAAGGGCUAUGGUGUGGGAACCCCAAUUGGCUCCCCAUACAGAGACAAGGUCACCAUCGCCAUCUUGCAGCUUCAGGAGGAAGGGAAGCUGCACAUGAUGAAGGAGAAAUGGUGGAGGGGGAAUGGCUGUCCAGAGGAGGACAGCAAGGAGGCCAGUGCCCUGGGCGUGGAAAACAUAGGGGGAAUCUUUAUUGUGCUGGCAGCUGGACUAGUCCUCUCAGUAUUUGUAGCAAUUGGAGAGUUUAUUUACAAAUCCAGAAAAAACUUGGACAUUGAGGAGGUGAGUGUCGGCCAGUGCGAAUGGCACAACAAGUAUUAACACACUAGGGGAGUCAAUCUCAAGACUGUUCUGAACCUACUACACAUUUGCGUUGUCAUUUUUGUCAUCAGAGGACUACAAUAAACACUGGGCCAACAAAAAUUUAAAGUCUGAAUGUGUUGAACUGCAUUGUUACAAUCAAAACAGAUAACUUUUUAAUGCAGAAUUUAGUGUUUUCAGUAGUUUUGAUGUAGAGCACAUGAACAUUUUAGUCUUGAUUGAAAGAAUACGUUUGUAACCCUUUUUAUGAUGACAGAUGGUUGUCAACUUCUGACAUCACAACACUUGACCAUCUUGGCCUUUCUGUUUUUCGCAAAAAAACUUGUAACAUUGUAACAUUGUUUUGUGUGGAAAAAAUGUCAUUGUCAUGCCAUGAUAUUGUGGGUAAGUGAUGGUAAGUGGUAUCUUUGAGGCAUGUUUGCCAUGUUAAUUUCAAUAACUGCAGUAGGUUUGAAAAGAUUCUGAUAUAAAAUGUUUGCAAUUUUCAUAUUUAUAGUGCACAGAAACAGACAUAACAGCACUUCUUACCAAUUUUGUAUGUACUCAUGUAUUUCAAAAAAUCUUUUGAUUUACUCAGUGAUGGUUGUUUCCAAUUUGUUUAUGAAUGAGUGCUCCCUCAAGAUUUUAUUCAUUGAGUUGCUUAAUGUCUAUACCAUUUUAUUUUAUUUUAUUUUAUUUUUUGUUUGUUGGUUUUUUGCUUUUGUAUCAUAUGAAGUUCAUGAACAUGCAUGUAUAAGUUUUGUCAUGUUGGAAUUGUUUCAGAAUGACUAAAGUUAUGUGAGAACAUUACAUUCUUAACCCUUUUAUUUCUGUUUUGGUUUUGAUCGCUCCCUUUUUCUGCAUGCUCAGUGUUUUCCUUUACUACAUGAGAACUUUAUCACAAACUUGAUUUCAUCCAUAAAUCUUUUGGGUUCUUUUGAGGUCUUGUAAAAUUAGUAUGUUUUUGAAAACGUGGCUUUCUCAUUUUGCACAUUUGAUUGGGAUACUUUUGAGUUCUCUUUCAAACAUUUGUUUUUGGCCAUUUCUGGGGAACAAUUUUCAUUCAUGUUAUCAUAGAACAGAGGUUAUGAGUUAAGUAACCUCAGGUUUGAUUGUUAUUGUUUUUGGCCUACACAAGAGAGACACUAUUUUAUUUCACAUAUUAUUUUUAUAUGCUUACAUAAUACACUGUAUGUCACCAAGGUCUUAUUUUUGGCAUACAUAGAUAGAUGUUGCUUGCAGUCUGAAGUAUUCUAGACUAACCAACUAUUAUGUAUUUGCAAAUCUCUUUGCCCACAUUCAUUCAUCACUGGUGUAAAGCAGUGUAUUCAGUCAUGCACUUAAAAGCAUUAGUGAAAAUGCACAGAAUGUAAAACAAUCAGUCCUAGAGCAGCAGAUAUAAAAAGAUGGUCUCUGGAUUUAUUGUUAAAGGAGGUUAAGUCAUCACAUUGGCUUAUGUUAUGACACAUUCCACAGGCUCAGCAGUAGCUUCUAGCAUCCCUGAGUCACCUUUCUCUAUGCUUGUUGUCAACUCUGCUCAAGCCCAUUUUUACCUCAGUCAGGCUUAGGCUUGUAAAUACCAUCCUCAUUAGGAAGUGGAUUAUAAACAGUGGAUUAUAAAUUACACACUCUUGGUUUAAAAUAGUAGGGGUCCUGACACACAGAUUAGAAAAUCCAGCCGAUGUAAUGAAAUUCCUCUUCCCCCAAAUGUCACAGGUGACACUGAGCUUAGCUUGUUUUGUCUGCGUAUUAUAGGAUUUGUGUCACCUCCAAGAUGAUGUGACAGAAUUUCAGGUUUGAUAUGAUUAUUGGACAGUUGUGUGGGAUUCAUGAACAAUUAUUACCUCAAUUUAUAGUCACUAUGUUUUGUUGUUUUUUUCUAAAGUGGUGUAUUCAGGCAAAAUAUUGAUGCCUAUAGUGAGCCAAUUAACAAACGAAGAAGGCGAUUAUGAUUGGAUGAUUUUUAAGAUAAAACAAUACGAUUUCAUGCAUCACACUGACAGCAUUACUUCAAUUAAGAUAUGGUAGCCCAAACACUCAACGAGAAUCAAAUUUUAGUGUUGCAUUCAGUAUCAACAAAGCAUGUGCACAUAAUGACACUGACGAUCAGAUUCAUAUAAUUUUUCAUACGUUUUCAAAAGUUACUUUUUAACUGUCCCUGGCCACAAUUUGAGAUGUGAGAUUUAAAAUCAAAUUGUUUGCCCACCAACAAAACAAGGAGACACAUACAAGAUAUUCUGGCAUUAAAACAGGAGUCAUUUAGAGCAAAUUUUAAGUAUUCAAGUACCACCAAUGUAUACUAGAACAAAAAUAAUCAAUCGAGAGAUUACAGAAGCCUGUGGUGAUCAGUUCUGAAUGGCAAACACUGUGUGUUCCAGUUUCUUUUGCGUUGUCUCAGUCAAAGAAAAGGUAUGAGGCCAGGUCAAAAUCAAACCAUCACUUGGAACUCUAUGUUGUUUUUUACUUUUCAUUUUUUUUUUUUUUGUUUUUGUGUCCAGUGUCCAAUUAAUUCUUUGAUUCUGACCUGGCAGCUGUUAAGUGUGUUGUAUUUUUUCCUUUUGUACAGAUUUUCCUUCCACAAUUUUAUCAAAUAUCUAUUCUUUUUCAACAAUGGAUUCCUUUCAGUGCUGUGAUGGAAAGAAAAAUCCAAGAGGCCAGGAUUACUCAUUACUGUUCUGCCAUACAAAACACAACUUAAGAAAAGAAUUAGUCUGCACCUAUAAAAAAAAUAUUGAGUUUUUAAUUAAUUUAUUUAAAUGCUGUUCUAUGCAUUCUUAUAAAUUUAUUAAUAAAGAUGAACCCUUUGUCCCUGGUUAAAAUGUUUUAAAGUGUUCAUAGAGCAGCACUUUCAGCCACCAGCAUAAAUACUUUAAAUUACCCAAGUGAACUGGUCAUCUUUUGACUGCAUCUGUCACUGUGUAGUUGGUAUUGCACUCAUUGGUCAGAUUCCAUAAAAAUCAAAGAGUAGAAGAGAGAAAAUGUUCCAAAUAACAUGAAUUAAACCCAAGUUAAUCAGCGACUGGGGAUGUAAUAGGAUCUAACUACUAAUUCUGGUCAAUUAUAAUAAAGGCAAACAUUGGAAACGUCUCUCUAUUGAACCCAAUCAACACCAACACAUGCCAAAUGCAUGAAUAAACUACAGUAUGUGACUUUAUUUGAAGGAUGAUGGCUUCCUAUAAACUUUUUUUUUUCUGUGCUGCGGAGCUGAAAAAAAUGACUCUGCUGAAUCCAACUCUCACAACAGCAAAGUUAAUUAAAAACCAAUGUACUUGGCAGAAUUGCAGGCAUCAUUUUUGCUUUUCCACUUGGCUCUUGACACUGAUAAAUUCUGACAAUUUCUCUGUGACUGUGAUACGGCGUGACUUCUUUGGCAGAUCUUGUCCUGAAAGGCACUUUUCCUUGUGCUUCUAAUGUUAUAAAAUGCAACACAGUGAGGGACUUGAAAACAAGUGUGAAUGUAAUCUGCCACUGUACAACCAGCUGUUUAAUAAUCUGUCAAUUGCAGACCAGGGUGCUAGCUAGCUGGGUUCGGCAUGUCCCCCGGUUUCUCUCAUUUCUCUGGGAGAUUACAGUAUUAUGGUCCUCAUUUAUAUAAUCCUGUCAAUGGGAUACAGCCCUUCUCUCUGCACUACACCAAAAUUAAGUUCAUAGUGACUGCAGCAUGUAAUCAGUUAGGAUACAGUAGCUCAACAGCUUAUAAGACUUAUGUUGUGUUGCAAGAAGGUCAUGGACCUUAUGCUGGGAUUGAUUAUACAAGUAUUGUGUCUUUCUCUAGGAUUUACACCUCUUCUAAAGACACUUCAGCACUAUUUGUAUGCCUACUCCAUAGUUCUACAUUCAGGAGUGCAUGACAGAAUCACUGCUGUCCUUACAGAAAAUAAAAAGGAAUCCAAAAGCUAAUUGAUGUAUCAGGGAAUAAUCUGGUGUUCACUGAAGUGAAGUUUUCAAUUUUAUCAUAUCACGGAUUUUGGUUUAUAUCGUUCUGAUGUUCCAACAAUUGGAUUGUGUGAUUUUUCAGGCAUCUCAUGUUUGUCUCAAAAUUAAAGUGGAUAUGGAAAAGAUGUUUUUAGCAAGCACAAUCUUGUAAUCUAUCUCACUGUGGGGCUGUUUGUUUAACAAGACCCACCAGAUAGCAUUUGCAUCUCUGGUCCUGAAAGAAUCGGCCAGUGUUAGCCUGCAGGAAAUGUCAGUUAGUGGCACACUGAGUAGUGUUUGUCAGUUUUAUUAGCAUAUAUAUUCUCUGCUUUAGCAAUUUUGCAAGUAAGCUAACUUCCAGAUGUUUUAAUUUCUAAUCCUUUCACCCCCCCCUUGCCUCCUGUUUCCUAAUCCCUGCUACCUACGUAUUGUGGAGUGUGUCUGUCAGAGGACAAUGACUGGAGAAACACUGGAGAAGUAGUAGAACACUAUAAAAAUAAAACCACAUAUUGUGUGACAAAACAAAAGAAUUAAAAUGGGCCGGUACUUAUAUUGACAGUAAUCUGAGGCAAUUCAUACUGACAAUGUAUUAUUAUGCUUUUAAAAAAUGAAAAUGAAAAAAAGAAAAAGAAAAUCAGAAGAUGGAAGUGGAGAAAAAUGACAGAAAAAAAAGAAAGAUCUUGAUCUAGAUUUUUGGGAGAAAAGGAAAUAUAGGCUCUGACAGAAGAUAUAUCAAGAUAGAUACAGAGUUCAAGGGGGCUUUGCAUUAAUCUCACGUUGUAAUGACAGUUUAAGGUUUUGGUAUUCUGAUGAAUUCCAGGAUUGGGCUUAAACUGCUUUCAUUUUGUUUGCUGGUCUUUAAUCUUCUAACCCUGCGUUCUUAAUGAGAACUCAGAGCAGGUUUUUAAUCUCGCAUGAAUGAGGCCGCGGAUUAUGGGCCUCUGACCUUGCCAUGCCGCACAGCUGCUUCCUCCUCAAAUCAAGUCUCUCGUCCUGUGUAGCUUGCAAAAGAGGAUAAUCUUACUUUUUGAGCUACAAUGCUCCAAAAUCUAAACUGUGCAUACAAGACAUAAACACCGGGGAAGAAUCCUAAUUUUUGGGAGGGAAAUUCUGAAAUAGGUCCGACUCAUAAUGCUCAUAAUGGGGUGCUUUGGUAUUUGUAGGUGAUGCCAGUUUUGACAAGCAUCAACUUGAGGAUUUUCUACAGAUGUGUGUCAUGGCAGCACAGGGAGAUGAUAUCUGAUGUCUGUGGCAUUAUCAUCAUCUAAUCCUUUUGACUUUUAGAUGCAACGCUACUUGUAGUGUUAGAGUUGCGGCUGUGUGUGUCAGUGUGUGGGUGUGCGAGUCAACUUCUCAAAGAUAGCUACGAGUUUUAUUAGUUGCUUCAGGGUUGCUGGUGUAAUUACCACUUUAACCUUGAGGAUUGUGUUCUGAGGAAAACACAACAAGAUUGCUUUUUACUUUCAUUGUCCCCAAGUGCUACAGUACCUAUUUUAAAGGACACAAAACAACAACGCAAGCACUGUCCAGACUAAGAGAAGUAGGAAAUUCAUAUCGCAAGACAAAAACAUCUUGACA